CUUCAUUGAGUAGACGUCGCCGGUGUGUGUGUUGGUGACAGUAACGUGUCACUGAGACAGUUGCAAGGAUGCCAAACACUGUGUUAUGGGCAUCAGAUAUUUUCGGUAAAGUGUACACACUAUCUACAGAUGGUCAGCAAUGGGAACCAUGCAAGGACUUCCAGAUAGAAUUCAAACGAAUAUCUGCUUCCAGACCGUGUUGCUGGGGGAUUGCCAGCAAUCAUCAGAUAUACGUGUUUGUGCACUCCAGUGACCUACCAAUACGGUAUCAAGAAGAAACCUAUGAAAACCAGCGCUGGAAUCCGGUAUAUGGAUUUUGUGAGAGGCUUAUGCCCAGUGACCGCUGGCAGUGGAGUGAUGUUACUGGCUUAAAACAUCAAGAGUUGGAAAGCUUUACGCUUCCGUCCCAGCACUGGGAAUGGGAGUCGGACUGGUACGUGGAUGAAAAUAUAGGAGGAGAACCCACCGAGAAAGGGGGCUGGACAUAUGCUAUAGAUUUCCCAGCAACAUACACAAAGGAUAAGAAGUGGAAUUCGUGCGUGCGCCGCAGACGGUGGAUCCGAUAUAGAAGAUACAAAUCGAGGAACUGCUGGGCAAAGAUUCCAUCAAAUGAGGAUAAAAAGAAGUUGCCUGACCCAUUUAAUGACAUAUCAGUGGGCGGCUGGGAUAUUACUGAUGAGCCAGUUGGACGUCUGUCUGUCUGGAUAGUUUCUCUACAAGGGAAGGUAUGGUACCGAGAGGAUGUGUGUCAGGUCAAUCCAGAGGGUUCAUCAUGGUCUGAAAUAGAGACCCCCAGUGAGGCUGUGCAGAUCAGCUGUGGACCCUAUGACCUUCUGUGGGUGGCUCUCUGGGAGGGUCAGGCGAUCGUGAGGGAGGGUAUCAGUCGAAAUAACCCAAAAGGGACUUCUUGGACAAUCGUAGAGGCCCCGACCGCUGAGGACGGAAUCAUGCAUGUGUCUGUUGGCGUGAACGUUGUAUGGGCGGUGACCAAAGAUAAAAAAGUGUGGUUUAGAAGAGGAGUCAACUCUCACAACCCAUGCGGCACAAGCUGGAUAGAGAUGGUCGGGGAGAUGUCGAUGCUGAGUGUGGGAUUGAAUGAUCAGGUCUGGGGCAUCGGCUCUGAUGAUCGAGUUGUUCUUUUUCGCCAAGGAGUCACGCCAAGCGAGCUUAGUGGAAAAGCAUGGAAAGCCAUAGUGGUACCCAGGGAAAGCGACACAUCCAACUCUGGGAGUUCAUCAAGUCUUCUCAGCGCUGGUUGUUUUUUUGGAGAUGAAGUUAAGGAGCAUUCUGAUUCACCAGCCCAGUCAGAUAUAGACAGCUCAUCAGAGACAGAACAACCACACCAGCUGGAGAUCUGUUCCAUUAUAGCUCCGGAAGCAACAGAGGCAGCCAGCCAGAGCACCGACGGUACCGAAGAACCAGGUGCUGUUUUGGGAAUUCAAGGUGAUUCCAGCCUCACUGAACUUCAGAAAAGCUCCACUGAAGAACCGGCACCACCCAACGGUAUAGAGACAAAAAAAAGACCACCACGGUGGACCAGCAUUGACUUGGAGGCACGUGCCAGUUUGUCUCAGAAUACCAGUGAUGCUUCCAGCUUGUCCCCACUUGGCUUGUUUGCAACAAGAGCUGAAGAAACUUAUAGAAGUGAUGAACAUCCGAUGUGGACCUGGGUAUCUGGAGGUGGCUGCUUCAUAGAGUCACACACCCCUGUGAAAUGGUUUACCCUACAAAAAGGUUUAUCUGCCUCGAUGCUGUCAUUGUCUUUGUCUAUAACACCUGCACACACUGCAGUCUGGAGGAAGCAGAUAUUUGAGCAGCUAAGUGAGCGCUCCAGACGAGAAGUGGACAGCUUCCGUCACUAUGAGCAAGCAAUAGAGCAGUCAGUAUGGGUAAAGACAGGAACGUUACAGUGGUGGAGAGACUACAAACCGCACAAAUGGAUUGAUGUCCGUGUGGCUCUCGAGCAAUGUAUGGGGAACGAUGGAUCCAGUGACAGCAUCCUGUUUAUUUAUUACACACAUUACGACCAGAAAAAGUAUAUACAUGUGUUUCUGAAUGAAGUGACAAUCCUUGUACCGGUUCUGAAUGAGGCUAAACACUCCUUUGCCAUUUAUACUCCUGAGAGGACAAAGCAGAGAUGGCCUAUUCGACUGGCAGCUGCUACAGAGCAAGAAAUGCAAGACUGGCUUAUGCUGUUGAGUACGAUCUGUUGUGAGAGCAGAAGACUAGACGGCCCCCCUUCCCACCAAGCCCUCUGGUCAGUUACCUGUAAAGGCGACAUCUUUGUAAGUGAACCGUCUGCGGGUCUCGAAUCUCCCACCAAUCCAACACCAUGUGACCAAAUGUUUUGGCGUCAGGUAGGGGGGCACCUGAAGACUGUGGAGACCAGUAGCUGUGGUGUAACGUGGGGAAUUGGCUAUGAUCACACCGCUUGGGUUUAUACUGGUGCUUAUGGCGGAGGCUUUUUACAAGGCAUGUCCACCAAUACAGAUAAAAUACUGACUCAGACUGAUACAAAAUGUGUGUAUAUUUACGAAAAUCAGCGGUGGAAUCCACUCACCGGAUACAGCAGCACCGGACUUCUGACAGACAGAUACAUGUGGAGCGAUGCAUCCGGAUUACAGGAAUGUACAAAAGCAAAUACAAAACCACCCUCUCCUCAUUGGUCAUGGGUCUCUGAUUGGUUUGUAGACUUUCAUGUGACUGGCGGAACUGAUAGGGAGGGGUGGCAGUUUGCAACAGACUUCCCAACAUCGUAUCAUGGAUACAAAACAAUGAAGGAUUUUGUCAGGCGCAGGCGUUGGGCGAGAAAGUGUAAAAUUAUUACAAACGGACCCUGGCUGGAGGUUCCCCCUAUUUCUCUGUGGGAUGUCUCCAUAUCACCAAGCAGUGGGGCUCUCGCUGACGGACAUAUUGCUCUUUGGGCGAUUAGCAGCAAGGGUGAUGUGCUAUGUAGGCUCGGUGUCACCAGACAGAGCCCUGAGGGUACCUCUUGGCUCCAUGUUGGCACCGACCAGCCGUUCAUUUCAGUGUCAGUAGGAGGAUGCUUUCAGGUGUGGGCGAUCGCCCGGGACGGAUCUGCUUUCUAUCGGGGUUCAGUGUCUUCCCAGCAGCCUGCAGGAGACUGCUGGUAUCACAUACCUUCCCCGCACAAACAGAAGCUGCAGCAGGUCUCUGUGGGACAGACGUCUGUUUUUGCCGUGGAUGAAAAUGGUAAUUUGUGGUUUCGUCAAGGUGUUACCCCGGGCUACCCUCAAGGGUCGCAGUGGGAGCAUGUGUCCAAUAACAUACGCAAGGUGUCCGUAGGUCCGCUGGAUCAGGUCUGGGUAAUCGCUGACAAAGUUCUAGGCAGCCACAGCCUGAGCAUGGGGACCGUAUGUCAUCGUUUAGGGGUUCAACCGAUGGAACUGAAGGGAAGUUCCUGGGACUACGGAAUUGGAGGAGGGUGGGAGCAUGUCACUAUAAGGGGUCAUACAGGCGAAGCUUCUAAAACCGUACACCUAGGAAAUUCCAAACCAAUCGCAGAUGGAUCUGAGGAAGAAGACCGAGGAAAACUGUCUUCACUGAGCUCAAACUGCUUAGAAUCUGGUCCUGAAGAUGGAAGUUCCAUUUGAUGCUCGAGAAUGUUAGACAAGGAAAUAUUAUUUAUUUCUUACACAAUGCAACAGCUGGUAAACUAUAUUAUUUAAAUAGAAAUUAAUUUAAAUGCAAAAUAUCUAUUCUUUUAUCUGGAAAAUCAUGACGUCUGAGAUUCACAGUCUGACCUUAUUUUUUACCAGUAAUCUGAGUAGCAACUACAAUUUUUAUGUUGUGUUUGAUUCAUUUAAAUUUGAGAUUUCUGGGAUUGGCAAACUACUCUUAACUCCUUGGAGUUUUUUAAUAUGUACACAUGUGUAUUAAUUAGGGCAUUACAAUUAGUUUUAAAGCUAUUUUAUGCAGGGAAAAGUCAGUAUCUCACACUGUAGAUUCUAAAGAGGGAAAACUGUAUUAAAAAUCAACUCUCUAGUUAGUUGUAAAACUGCACAUAAUCACACUACACUGAUGUAUCCACCAGAGAGCGCAAGAUAUGGUAUCCACCAGAGAGCGCAAGAUAUGGUAUCCACCAGAGAGCGCAAGAUAUGGUAUCCACCAGAGAGCGCAAGAUAUGCUUUGCACAUUUCCUUGAGAAUAUUGUUACUGAGCUAAACUGGCAUCUUGUUUUCGUAUGAAACGCAUGUGCAAGACUAGUACGUUAUGUGAUUUGUGCCCAGUGCAUGCACACCUUAUUGCAGUGUUCCACAGUGUCAUCAGUGAGAUGUUUAGAGGAAAAAAAGUGUAAAAACGUUCUUUUAAAGGGACACACUUUACUCAACAAUUUAAUUCAUCCUUAUAAAAGAGUUGCAUCUAAACACAGUGAAUUUCUUUUUGUUGUGGGUGUAACAAAAUUAACAAAAAGCUGUUUACAUUGAAUCUUCAAUUGCUGUAUAUGUUAUGUGCUUCUUUCUUAUGCUCAUUGACUGAUGUGUCACUUCCUGCUUAUCUCAUUGUCUGAUUGUCGCUUCCUUUUAAUCUCAUUGGCUGAUUGUCACUUCCUGGUAAUGCUCAUUGGUUGAUAGGUACUUCUUGCACAUCCUCAUUGGUUGAUUGUCACUUCCUGUUAAAGGGACAGUCAACACCAGAAUUUGUGUUGUUUUAAAAGAUAGAUAAUCCCUUAAUUACCCAUUCCCCAGUUUUGCAUAACCAACACAGUUAUAAUUAUACACGUUUUACCUCUGUAAUUACCUUGUAUCUAAGCCUCUGCAGACUGCCCCCUUAUUUCAGUUCUUUUGACAGACUAGCAUUUUAGCCAAUCAGUGUUCACUAAUCUGUAAAUUCACGUGCAUGAGCUCAAUGUUAUCUAUAUGAAACACAUGAACUAACGCCCUCUAGUGGUGAAAAACUGUCAAAUGCAGAGGUGACCUUCAAGGUCGAAGAAAUUAGCAUAUGAACCUCCUAGGUUUAGUUUCAACUAAGAAUACCAAGAGAACAAAGCAAAAUUGGUGAUAAAAGUAAAUUGGAAAGUUGUUUAAAAUUACAUACUCUAUCUGAAUCAUAAAAGUUAUUUUUGAACUUGACUGUCCCUUUAAUCUCAUUGACUAAUUGUCACUUCCUGUUAAUCUCAUUGGCUGAUUGUCACUUCCUGGUAAUCCUCAUUGGUUGAUAGGUACUUCUUGCACAUCCUCAUUGGCUCAUUGUCACUUCCUGUUAAUCUCAUUGGCUAAUUGUCACUUCCUGUUAAUUAUCAUUGGUUGAUAGGUACCUUCUGCACAUCCUCAUUGGCUAAUAGGUACUUGGUACUUAUGCUUAUUGAGCAUUAGUAAAAAGCACACAACUAAUACUGAUAUAUAAAACAGCUUUUACAGCAUAUUCAGGCAAUACAAAUAUAAACAUGUUCAAAUGCUACUUUUUCAUGUAGAUGGAAGAAUAAAGAAUAUUACUCAAUGCACCUUGAAAUCUGUAAUAAAUCAGCCUAUUAUAUUUGGAUUGCUAAUUAAUGGUCCUUGAUCUGAUUUACGUCUGUAAAAAUCACUAUAUUUGCAAUAUUCCUUUUAUUUACUUCCAUAUCGUUCUGGUGUAACUUAUUCCCAAAAUAUAUGAAGUUCCUCACGUAAGCGCAUAUUGUCCCUCUAUUUUAUGCUCUGCAGAAUAUGCUGACUCUUUUAAAACAAUAUAGUAAUUUCCCCAAGUAAUUAACACAGUGGCGGAUACAUUAUCCUCAUUUCUAAUGUCAUUUGAAGCAAAAAUAGCUAUAGAAAGUUUUAAAAUGUUUAUAUUCUUAUUAUGCUAUAUUUAUAGUAAAAACAGUUACAUAGAGAAUGAAUUCUAUACAUUUAUUAUCAACACUAAACUCCAAAAUAAUGCACUUUACCAAGAGAGUUCAAAAUCUCAUAAUGUGAAUUUUAAGGGACAUGAAACAUGUUAGUAUUGUAUUUAAAAUGCAUAAAGGGACGGUAAAAUCAUAGACGUUGGACAUAUGCACGCUCUUGAACCUUCCUCCGUAUGCUCUUCAACAAAGGAUACCAUGAAAAUUAAGAAAAUUUGAUAACUUUCUCUUUAAUUAUGUAAAAUACAUCAGUGCUCAACAGAGGAGAUAAGAUAAGCAGCUUUUAAAGAGGAUGUGUCCAGCAACUGAAAAAUAUUACAAACUUUGCUAAUAAAAAGGUUUUUAAAACAUUUUAAAAUAUAUUUUGCAAUGUGGUGUUUAUUUGCUGCUAUGUGCUACAGUAUGUAAAUACAAUGUCCCUUUAAAUCUUUCAUCAACUCUACAUGUUUUUGUUUUGUGUAGAAUCUCCAUUUAAUUAUCCCGGAAAUGGUUAAUAUUUACUGUCUUCUGCUACGUCAAGUAGUUUUUUCAAAAUUGCUCUUUUUUUUAUUGGCAGUGCCAUUAAUUUGUUUAAAGGGUCAUUUUCCGUAUUAAUUUGCAGAUGUUUCCAUAGCAGCAAAAUGUACUGCGCAGAAUGAAGGUUUCCUGUGAGUUAAAAGGACGUUGUGGUCAACUUUUUCCUUUGUAUCAUCUACAACAAGGGAUUAGACAUAUUCCAGUUUUUUGUUUCCUUCUAUGAAUAAAAACAAUAUUAGCAGAGGUUUGUCCCUCUGCACCAAUAAACCAAUGGCAGAUUUGCUUAACAGCCAGAGCGGAUAUUAGUAGAAGGUGCAGCAGGAUUGUUUUCCAAUUAAACAGCUUUUAUUUACUUUAUUUUCUGGAUAACAAAUAAACGUUUAAAUGUCACCUUUUCAUAGGCUCGAUAGAACAUUUUUUAACAAGGAUGAGGGAAUUAUUAUUUCAGGGGUGUCUGUCGUAAAAUAAAGCACAGCUGAUAUGUGGGGGCUUUGCACUUUCGUGACAAAUGGCAAAUUAGUGACAUAUAUGUGGCAGGGUUAGGUUUGUGAAGCCACCAUGUUUUUUUUUCUCCCAGUUUUCAGGACUGGAGAAUUAACACUUAAAUUACAGGAAAGUAUAUUGCAAAUUAUUUUUACUAUGCACGAUUCAGCAUUUUAUAUUACAAUCUCAAAGUGUUUACUGUACCAUUAAAGGGACUGUGUACUGUCAUUUUGUUCUCUACUUUGUCAUACCCAGUUAUCCAACCCACCUGCUGGAGUAUAUUAAAUUGUUUACAAAUAUACCCUUUAUCUUUAUUUUGUUAUUUGAAAUAGCUGGUGUUGCCUGUUGUAUCCUUAUCUAAACUGGAAGUUUCAAUACUUAAGUACUGGUGAUAGAAACUUGGUAUAGCAAGAACAUUUAGAAAUAUCACACUCCAAGUGAGUAGCUUUACAUAGAAAUACAUAUAUAUAUAUAUAUAUAUAUAUAUAUAUAUAUAUAUAUAUAUAUAUAUAUAUAUAUACAAAAUAAACAGAUAUAGUCCAGCACUAUUAAGCUUUUUUACCUGGCUGUGUGCUUGUUACAAUGGGCUAUCAGCAAAAACCCAAACAGAUACAGUCCAUAUGUAGAAAGUAACAGCACCACUGCAUCAAUAUUCUUAAAGGUGAAUUAUUUCUUUAUUGGUGAUAUCACAACCAUUAAAACAGCGACGUUUCGGACCUUCAUGGUCCUUAAUCAUGCAUAGUUAAAACACAGUAAAACACACAUUUAAAAAGGGUGAUCUAACCAAUCAGAUUUCAGCUCACAUUAUUAAUUGAAUUAACCUAUACCUAUCCUCACACUCCAAGUGAGUAGCUUUACAUAGAAAUACAUAUAUAUAUAUAUAUAUAUAUAUAUAUAUAUAGAUAUAUAUAUAUUAGGAUUUUGUAUAAAUAUAUAGAAAUAAGCUAAAGAAGUCUUCUCUCCCUGCAGGCUUAGCACAUUUGAUUGGGUUGUGGUUUAAUUAGCAGACAGACAUUUCAUAUACAAAAAAAUUCCCAUAUAUUUUAAACUCUGCAGUUGGUAUAAAAAGUCAUUGUAAACACAUUAAGUGGAAAUCAAUUUUACAGUAUGCUGUCCCUAAAAGCUGAGGGAGAUUUGCAAAUUGUCUUCCAUAGGGCAUUACACCAUUAACCUAAAGUGGAUCAUGGUGGUUAGUUGUAAAGAUCAAAUUAAAAUGAUAUUUCUUAUUUGUCUGUAAUAUUUUGCUUGCUUUUUUUAGCAGAGAGUUUAGAGCGUUAUGUGCAGAUUUGAAGGUUUCCUGUGAGUAUGUAGAAAGUAACAGCACCAUAUGUAGAAAGUAACAGCACCAUUGCAUCAAUAUUCUUAAAGGUGAAUUAUUUCUUUAUUGGUGAUAUCACAACCAUUAAAACAGCGACGUUUCGGACCUUCAUGGUCCUUAAUCAUGCAUAGUUAAAACACAGUAAAACACACAUUUAAAAAGGGUGAUCUAACCAAUCAGAUUUCAGCACACAUUAUUAAUUGAAUUAACCUAUACCUAUCCUCACACUCCAAGUGAGUAGCUUUACAUAGAAAUACAUAUAUAUAUAUAUAUAUAUAUAUAUAUAUAUAGAUAUAUAUAUAUUAGGAUUUUGUAUAAAUAUAUAGAAAUAAGCUAAAGAAGUCUUCUCUCCCUGCAGGCUUAGCACAUUUGAUUGGGUUGUGGUUUAAUUAGCAGACAGACAUUUCAUAUACAAAAAAAUUCCCAUAUAUUUUAAACUCUGCAGUUGGUAUAAAAAGUCAUUGUAAACACAUUAAGUGGAAAUCAAUUUUACAGUAUGCUGUCCCUAAAAGCUGAGGGAGAUUUGCAAAUUGUCUUCCAUAGGGCAUUACACCAUUAACCUAAAGUGGAUCAUGGUGGUUAGUUGUAAAGAUCAAAUUAAAAUGAUAUUUCUUAUUUGUCUGUAAUAUUUUGCUUGCUUUUUUUAGCAGAGAGUUUAGAGCGUUAUGUGCAGAUUUGUACAGAUUUAGUAGUUUUAAACAGUUCAUAAAAUCAACUUAAAACAAGUAUUAUUUUGUUUAUGGAAAAUAUCAGCACCGCAUGUCAAGUCAAACAAAUUUAAAGCACGUUCCUGCAUGGGUUAAAAUGAAAAGUGCUUAUUUAGUUCAGUUUUAAGUUGUACAUUUAUGUAAUCGUGUAGUAAAAUGUAAUUAAAUUAUGUGUAUAUGUUAGAGAAUAAAGAUAUAUCAGACAUAAUAA